GUGACGUCACGGAGCAGGGGGUUCCAGGCUGUGUUGGUCAGGCGGCUGGGGAUGUGGAUGCUGCCGCGUUCCCCGCACUGGAGGAGCGGGAGGAUGUCAGUCCGACAGGUCGGGAUGUGCAGCUCAGCGCAGUGAUUACAGAGCCCCGGGAAUGGCUGAAUCUCCAGCGGCUCCACGGACGCCGAGCCCAGGCAGUGGCAGCAGCUCGGCAGCGGGGUCUGGGACCAAUGCGGCAGGAAACCGGGAGGACCGGGAGUCUCUGCCGCUGGAGGAGAUAUUGGCUUUAUAUAACCAGCCCAUCAAUGAGGAGCAGGCGUGGGCAGUGUGCUACCAGUGCUGCGCCGCUCUGCGGGCGGGGAGCGCCAAGCGGCCGAGGAUAAAGGGAGCCUCGGAGAUCCGCAUCCGCAAGGAUGGAGCGCUCAGCGUCAGCCCCGGGCCAGAUGACUCAAGUGAUGCAAGAUGUACAGAGACAGAGGUUAUUGUAUCACUUGGAAUUAUUAUUUACAAAGCACUUGACUAUGGCUUGAAAGACAAUGAGGAGAGGGAGCUUAGUCCUCCUCUGGAACAGCUCAUAGAUAACAUGACUAAUGUGGAUGAAACUGAUGGCAGCAAUGAUGAAGGAUAUGAUGCUUUUGAUGAAGAGGAUGAUGACAAUAUUGAGACCCCAUCAUUUCGACAUUCAUACAAGAACGUCAUGAAGCUGUGUGCAUCCCAUCUGCCAACUCCAGCCGAAGCCCCCAAUCACUACCAGGCAGUAUGUCGGGCGCUGUAUGCAGAAACCAUGGAGCUGCAUAUGUUCCUGUCAAAAAUAAAGAGUGCAAAAGAGAGUUUAAAGAAGAUUCAAGAGAUGGGACAUAAUUCAUCUGACAGAUCCAGCACUGACCUUGAUGAUUUGAAAAAUUCAGAUUGGGCCAGAUUUUGGGUCCAGGUAAUGCGUGAUCUACGAAAUGGAGUCAAGCUAAAGAAAGUACAAGAGCGUCAGUACAAUAUGUUGCCUAUCGAGUACCAGCUGACUCCGUAUGAAAUGCUGAUGGAUGACAUCCGAUCUAAACGUUACACCUUAAGGAAGGUGAUGAUUCAGGGUGACAUCCCUCCACGAUUAAAGAAGAGUGCUCAUGAAAUAAUCCUGGAUUUUAUACGGUCCAGACCCCCGUUAAAUCCUGUUUCUGCACGGAAGUUGAAACCUACCCCACCUCGCCCACGAAGUCUGCAUGAACGGAUUCUGGAGGAGAUUAAAUCUGAAAGGAAGCUUCGCCCUGUGUCUCCUGAUGAAAUUAGGCAUAGCCGGUUUGUAAUGCGGCCCCUUAGCAUGUCUUACAGUUUUGACUUGUCAGAUGUUUCAUCUCCGGACAUUUCAAGGAAGCAGAUGAACCGCACAGUGUUAAAUGGAAAUGUAGUUGAGCAGUCCAGAGUGAAUGGAAGACCCAUGCACAUGUCAGUUCAACGGAAGAGGCUGUUAAAAGCCCCAACCCUUGCUGAGUUGGACAGCUCAGAGUCCGAGGAGGAUACAGUACACAAGUCCUCAAGCAGCAGUAGCGUGUCCACUUUCCAGCCUGAAGAUUUGUCUCCAGCAACUGCUUCUGGGAGGAAAACACCUCCAAGGUUCUUGCCUAUCUCCUCUACACCUCAGCCCGAGAGACGGCAGACUCCACAGAGGCGUCACUCAAUAGAAAAAGAGACUCCUACCAAUGUGCGGAGUUUUCUUCCUCCAUCUCGACAAAGCUCUAGAUCUUUGGAGGAGUUCUGUUAUCCUGUAGAGUGUCUGGCUCUUACUGUUGAGGAAGUAAUGCACAUACGUCAAGUCUUGGUGAAGGCUGAGCUGGAGAAGUAUCAGCAAUAUAAAGACGUCUACACCGCCCUAAAGAAAGGAAAGCUUUGUUUGUGCUGUCGAACAAAAAGGUUUUCCCUAUUUACGUGGUCUUAUACUUGUCAAUUCUGUAAAAGGCCUGUUUGUUCUCAGUGUUGCAAAAAGAUGAGAUUACCUUCCAAGCCAUAUGCUACGCUCCCUAUCUUCUCUCUGGGACCGUCUGCCUUGCAGAGAGGGGACAGCUUCCUUAGGCCUGAAAAGCCUUCCACCAGUCAUCCCCGUCCCCUGCGUUCUUUACCUAAGUUGGCCUCCAAGUCAAAAUCUACAGACAAAUCUGAUGAUGAGCUUCAGUUUCCUAAAGAGCUCAUGGAGGACUGGAGCACCAUGGAAGUGUGCGUGGACUGCAAAAAGUUUAUCUCGGAUAUCAUUAGCUCCAGUCGCCGCAGCUUGACGCUUGCUAACAAGAGGGCCCGCUUAAAACGGAAGACGCAGUCCUUUUACUUGUCAUCUACUUCUGGAACUGCUGAAUUCCGCCCCACAGAGAGAACAAUAAAUGAGAUCUGAGACUCGUGCCUUUUAAACAGAUUUUAUUUUCAUUUGCUUUUUCCUUCCUAUUUCUUUUAAUGGCUUGUAUAAGCUUGAAUUCUGCAGAAUAGCACACGACCCUUCUGCGUCAACACAACUGAUGCAGCCUUUUUUUUUGCACUGGAUAAAAGCAACAAUUGCCUUUAUGAAUUUGUCCAUUUGUGAUUAAACAUUAUUGCAUGGACUCUGCUGGAGAUCAGAAUGUUCUACCUGAAAGAGGACCAUGAGGGUAAAGCUAGAACUGUUACCUCACGGACACUAAUACAUAUCCCAAUGUUCCAUGGAAAUGGGUCUGUUAUGUUUUUUUUACUCCAUUGUGUCUCCUUUCAUGUUUGUAUCAUACUAAUCAUUAUCUAAAAUUAGCUGUCGCCAAAAUGACAAUGAACGAUGUCUUCAUGCAGAAGAACUACUUAAGAGUAGAACCUAUGCUAAGAUAUUGAAGCUUCAGGUAUUUUCACGUUUGAUGAGAUAGGGUACUAGUAACCAGUGAUUUUCUCUUAGAAGUACCUAGCUGGAGAACCACAGCACUUUUAUUUCUUCCUCUUUGCCAAAUGAAGUCUUCCCAGACCAAAUGGGGUAUCAUGUUAAAGCUGAUAUAUCUUCACACCAGUUUUUCCCCAGUGGAUAUAGUGGAUUGACUGACAUUGGAGAAAAAAAUAAAAUGGGGAACUGUUGCCUUUGGCAAGUAAAUAGAAGAUACCUUUCUGUGCUGAUUUCGUUUUUUGUACAGUGAGUACACUACUAGCUUACUCUUAGUAGUAUACAAAUACGUUAUAGCAAUAUGAUGGCAAGUGUGAUACCUUUAUUGGUACAAUACAAAGACUGUACUGGUCCAAACCAGCUGCCAAAUGGCUAAUCACUUUUAUAUUUCUUAUUUUACCUUUUAGUAGGCUUGGUGAAAUAUGUAUAUAUACACUCUGGUUGGUAUUUGCCACAGAUUACAAUUUGUUGACUGUAGCAAUACUACAGAUAGGCAAGGGGCUGAACUGCCUAGUUGUAAAUAUUGAGCUGUACUGGAGCAGCUGAGAGUUACUGGUUCAUCCCAGAGUGCGCUAGUUACCGCAUUUACCGUACUAUCAGGUUCUCGUUCACAAAACCGAAAAUCUUAUUUGUAAAUACUUGUACCGUAUUUAUUAAUACCUGGGUUGUGUUCUUAUACAGACAGGAAGAUUUGAGACUUGAUGAGAGGUAUAUUUAUAUGUACAUUGACUGUAAUAAUGUCCAUUUUAACAUCCUGUUAGUCAUGUUAGCAUUUUCUGCAUUGUUUACUGUAUUAUGUUAAAGCUGCAGAAUUAUAGUUCAUUUGUAAUAAUUUUAUUUAAGGCAUUUAUUUUAUAGCUGUAGAAUCUGUAUGAACACCAUGUGGUGAACAGCGUAAACAUUUGUGAUCAGUGUUUACUUCACUUUUAUUUUUAUGUCCUUUUAGUCGGCUUACCAUGAGGUGAAGCCUGCUGGGCUUUACUCCUGGUAGCCUACAAGGUGCGUAUACCAUUUGACGAUUCCUUUGGCACUCCAGCAAGCCUGAACCAGUUAGAGUGCCAAAUGUUGCCCAUCCUUGCCACGUGGUGACUCCAGCCUACAUUGAUUGUAGAUGUUCUGAACUCUAUCCCAUGAUGGAUCUGUUCCUUGUUAUCUCUCUUACCUCCCUGUACAUUUCUCCACAGCAGCAUCUGCAGUGCUUCUGUGAGGACAAUAAAAUGCCUUGAAAUCA